AAUAUCGAGAAGGGAGAGCGAAUAAAUGUUGGAGGGAACGGUUCAAUGUCCAAUCAGGAAUAAGAUUAGUGCCAACAAAACAUAUCUAGAGAAUAUAGAGAUCUGCUGUUAUUCAGGUCAGCCUCUUGAUUAUAUUUAUUUCAUAUUAUUCAUAUUUCUAUUGUUACGAUGCGAGUACAAUGCCCUUCAGUUUAUCUACUUUUAACCUUGAUAAGUAUUGUUUACUUAGUGAAGUGUAGUGAUUUCGUUCACGAUAAAAUGGAGGCUCACGAGGUUGUUCCAGAUGUUAUUGACGUUGCACCUGAUCAAAAAAUAGAGGUUACUUACCCAAGUGGUGUUAGCGUAGAUUUCGGAAAUGAACUAACGCCAACCCAGGUCAAAGAUGAACCAACAGUGAAAUGGAAUGCUGAGGAAAAUACAUAUUACACCGUUACUAUGGUUGAUCCUGAUGCUCCCAGUCGUAAAGAACCAAAAAUACGUGAAGUACUUCACUGGUUGGUGGUAAACGUUCCAGGAAUGGACAUAACAAAGGGAGAUGUAAUUGCGGAAUACAGAGGUUCUGGUCCACCACUUGGAACUGGAGUGCACAGAUAUAUAUUCCUCAUUUACAAACAGAAUGGAAAAAUCAACUUUGAUGAAAAGAAAAUAAUAAAAACGUCUAGACAAGGACGUCUCAGCUUUUCCAUAAGAAAAUUCGCUGAAAAGUAUAAAUUGGGACAACCGAUUGCUGGCAAUUUAUAUCAAGCUCAGUUUGAUGAUUAUGUACCAAUCCUACAGAAGGAAACGACGAGCUAAUUCGCUCAAUGAGUGGAAAUCUUUUGAAUCUGUUUUUUUGUAAUUGAAAUUUUUAUGAUGAACAUCACUCUACUUGAAAUGAAAAUGUAUGAUUUGCAUUUAAUGGAAUAAUAUGAUUUGAUAACA